UAACUCUUUAAAACUGAAAUUCAGCUGAUCAGCCCUUAUUUUCUCCUGUCUACGAGUCACUGAUGAGAAAAUGACUCAUCCUAGAUUUACAUUUGUGUUUUUGCUCUGUGCUUCGUGUCUGGUCUGCUCUAACGAUGGUGUUGAGAUUAUCAAUGGUAAAGAAGUGGUCCCUCACUCAAUGCCCUACAUGGCUCUGCUGGAGAACAAGCAAGGACCAAUUUGUGGAGGAACGCUGAUUAGUCCAAAAUGGGUCCUCACUGCUGCGCACUGUUACAAAGAUGAUUUUAAAAUUAAAAGAGUGAUGCUGGGUGUACACAACAUCAAAAUAGCAGAAAAGGAUUCAAGACAGAUCAGAAAAGUGAAGAACUACAUUCAACACCCCUGCUACGAUUCACAAGAGAAAGUCAAUGACCUCAUGCUGAUUAAGCUCGAUGAAGAUGUAACUGAGACCAACACUGUGAAAGUGCUGCAUCUGCGUAAAAGUGUGGAUCCUGCACCUGGCAGCACCUGCCUAGUCGCAGGAUGGGGCAAAACUAACAGUACGUUUACCAAAGGCUCAGAUGUUUUGAGGUCUGUCAAUGUCACUGUGAUCGACAGGGUCAAGUGUAACUCUAAGCAGUACUACAACUUCAACCCUACAAUCACCAGAGGACACAUAUGUGCAGGCUCAGAUGGGACCAAUGUUGCAGACUCCUGCCAAGGAGAUUCUGGAGGACCACUGUUCUGCAAAGAAAAUCUUGUUGGCAUUACCUCCACUGGACAAGACUGUGGAAUCAUCAUGAAGCCUGGAGUGUACACCUUUCUCACCAAAGAAAAACUGAAAUGGAUCAAACAAAUGAUGAAAAUGUAGGCAAUCCAUUCUACUUGAUUUGAUUAUUCUUCCUCAUUAGUUCUGUUAAAGGAACCAAAAGAUCUUUAUUUAAAAUUCAAUAAUCAUGACCUAUUUGUGUCUCUGGAUACAAGAUAAACAUGUUCAAAUCAAUCAUAGCUCUGAUGACAGUUGUAAUCCUGAUUUAAAAGGUCUUUUACUGAUUUGAAUCCUCACUACUUAAAGCCCAGCACCCAGAGCUAAUCACAAUCAUGAAUCAGUACUAGUGCAGCCUCUGCAGCUCAGUGAGUGAAAUGUGGAGGUUCUGAGCUUUUACAUGAAGUGUGUGUCCUCAUGUGAACCUCACUUCCUUUAAUGUUGUAGUAUGUUUAUUUGUUGUGUCUACCUUUUCACUACUGUGCUGUAGCAAAUGACACACCUUUAUGCUCUACAUUAUCAGACUUUUGAUACUAGAGCUUAAUCAUUACCUUGUGUCAGUUUUUUUUUUUUUAACCAAAUAAAAAGUCAAUGAAUGGAA